UCAGCGAACGAGAUGCACGGAAGCGGCAAACUGACUUUGGCCUUGACUUUGGCCUUCGUGCUCAUUUUCCUUGGAUGCACCCAAGCCCAAGGGGGUGACCUCUUCCGGUGCAAUGUGCAGUACAAAUGCUCGGAUGAAAAAGAGUUGGUUUGGGCCAUGGCCGAAGAACGAUGCCACGUGUUCCACAACAAGUGCCUUCUGAAAGUAGAGCAGUGUUCCCGUAAAAAUAGUGGAAAAUCGGAGCUGAUUGAAACCACCAGUGAAAUCUGCAAGCCAAGUUGCACAAAAAUCUGCCCGAAUGUCUACAAUCCGGUGUGUGCGCAGAUCUUCCAGGAGGAGUAUAUUACCUUUAGCAAUGAGUGCGAAAUGCGCAACUAUAUUUGCACCAACGAAAGGCCCUAUUCCUAUUUUGCGAUCGGAGAAUGCGUUGAGCAACCAGCUGGCUAAUUCUAUUUAAAUCAAAUGUAUUGUAUUCAAUUAAAGUAACAAUCAUAUCAAAAACGGA